GGGUUUUCCAGCAAUCACCCUUCCACAGAUUUUGCACUGGGCAAGCAGAAGGGACAAGAAAAUCCACCAAAAAUGAUGAAAUUUCUGCUGGCUCUUGCCGGCCUGAUGGCCCUGGCUUUUGCAGAACCGACCGUCUAUUUCGAAGAAUCGUUUGCAAGUGGUUGGAAUGAACGUUGGGUGGAGUCUACACACAGAUCAGACCAAGGAAAAUGGGAAUGGACUGCCGGCAAAUUCUAUGGUGAUGCCGAUCUAGAUAAGGGUAUCCAGACCAGCCAGGAUGCCCGUUUUUAUGGAAUCUCAGCCAAGUUUGAAGAGGCUUUCAGCAAUGAAGGCAAGACUCUUAUCAUCCAGUUCACAGUCAAACAUGAACAGAACAUUGACUGUGGUGGUGGCUAUGCUAAAAUCUUCUCCAGUUCUCUGGACCAGAAGGACAUGCAUGGUGACACUCCUUACCAAAUUAUGUUUGGUCCUGAUAUCUGUGGGCCUGGCACAAAGAAAGUCCAUGUUAUCUUCCAAUAUAAGGGCAAGAAUUUGCUCACCAAAAAAGAUAUUAGGUGUAAGGAUGAUGAAUUCACCCAUCUAUACACCCUUAUCCUUAGGUCUGAUAAUACUUAUGAAGUUAAAAUAGAUAAUGCUAAAGUUGAAUCAGGAGAGUUAGAAGCAGACUGGGAAUUCUUGCCAGCAAAGACAAUUAAGGAUCCCAAUGCCAAAAAGCCAGCUGAUUGGGAUGAUAGGGAGACUAUUCCCGACCCAGAAGACAAGAAACCCGAUGACUUUGACAAGCCAGAGCACAUCCCCGACCCAGAUGCCAAGAAGCCCGAUGACUGGGACGAUGAGAUGGAUGGAGAAUGGGAACCACCACAGAUUGAUAACCCAGAAUACAAGGGCGAAUGGAAGGCCAAGCAAAUCCCCAACCCAGAAUAUAAAGGAAAAUGGGUACAUCCUGAAAUCGACAACCCAGAAUAUUCACAAGACACAGAAUUAUACAAAUACACCGAUAUUGGUGCUCUUGGUUUCGAUUUAUGGCAGGUGAAAUCUGGAACGAUAUUCGAUAACAUCCUCAUCACCGAUGAUGAGGCACAUGCCGAGCAGGUUGGCAAUGACACCUGGGGAAAGACUAAGGAUGGUGAGAAGAAAAUGAAGGAGGCCAUCGAUGAAGCCGAACGUAAGAAACAAGAAGAGGAGGCUAAGAAAGACAAGGAGGAUGACAAGGAUGAAGAUAAGGACGAGGAUGAAAAGAAGGAUGAUGAUGAGGCAAUGAAGGAGGAGGAAGAUAAGAAGGAAGAAGAAAAGAAAGAGGAGACUCACGACGAGUUAUAGAAAGAAGCAGAGUUGUGAUUUGAACACUUGGACACCACAUAAUGUUGAAAUAAAUAUGUCAUCCUAGCUUGGGCCAAGUGAUUUGUGCAAUGUAUUCGUAGUGCUGCGAGUCUGGUUUUUGGGAGGAAAAGGACCAGAAUGGCGGGCACACAUUUCCCUCACCUGUAGUCUGGUCGGAAUCGGGCGUACCUGCGAGGUAUACGGCCGAUUCCUCAAACUUUGGGCAAUAUUUUAGUUUUAUAUGUUUUGUAUAGGUUUUUGGUCCAAGCUUGGAGUGAAAUGCGUUCAUAGAUUUCAUAGGUAUGCCUUCAGUAAUGGUUUUCCCCUUCCCUGGAUGGAACAACUGUAACAACUCUUUUUCAUUGAAUUUAGCAUCUGAGAACUGGACAAGCUGUGUCACAUUACUAUUACAUUACUAUUAGAUGGUCUUGUUAUGAUCUCGUGUUGUUUUUCAAAAAUCUGCCAAUUUCAUCUUGAAAAUUCUAUCAUUUGAAAUUCAUGUAAACAGGUUGACUGCAACUAUAAUAAGAUUAUACUGUCAAUAUUGUACUUAAAUUUGACUUGAUUCAGUUCCCAGGUGCCAAUUUCAGUGAAAUUCCACUCCUUUUGAUAGUGUACAAGAGCAAGAUCAUAAAAAUUGCAAAUGGUGCCACUGUAAGAUACUGAAGUUAUACCGAUGGAGUUACAACCCUGUCUUGUUCAUUUGAUGUCUGGAGAGAGGAUUACCUGUUACUCAGGUUAUGACAAUGUUCGUUCAGUCAUCAUCCUCCACCUACAAAGUGCAUCGAUCCCAGUUGAUGCACUUUGUGGGAGGGAUCAGUGUCAUCAAAGCUGUAUCUCAUUGGCAAAACUUGGUGAAGGAUAAGAUACAGCUAUAUGAAUUAUCAAGUAUAGAUUAGAUUCUUUAAUCUAUACUUGAUAUCAUUAGAAUAAGGUGUUUGACACUGGCGAAAGGCAUUCAUGAAAAAAAUUUGAAAAGAUUUUUUAUUUUCUAAGUUGAUCUAUUUGUUGUAAUCCUUCAUAUCAUUGGAGUAAACUUUUCAAAGUGAUUGGCGGUGAAAUGAACAGCUUUUGCAGAAUAUUCUUGUCAGCAGGUGCCUUUUGUCCAUCCUGUCCUUAGUUGAAUGUCAUCGAGCUAGGCAGCUUAGGACUUAGAUUGAUAUAUAUAUAUGUAAUACAUGUUGUUAGAGGUUUUGGCCUAAGCUGAUGUAUUGGGACCAAAAUGGUAAUGGAUUAGCUUAAUACAUGUUCUGGACUCUUCAAAUUCAACGUUGAGUUGUUUUCGAAGGUCUCCCCUGGUUGUUUGUUGAUGUAUUUGUACAUGGGUUUCUCGAUUCUAUGUGGUGUUUGUGUCCGGUAUGUUGGUAGACCUGACCCUAUCUAACUUUAUGUGGCGUCCAAGUGUUGUACCUCUGUCAGAUCACGCGAUACAGAACAAAAUAUCCUUGUGGGAAAUCUUCGGUGCCGGCAAACCAUCGGAAGUUCUUUCUUGCUUUUUGCUGAGGAGUUGCUAUUCCUUGGAAAGCCCUGCCUGUCAUCUGGAUGGUCUGCACCUAAGCUUGUUGCUCAGAGGUUUAUCCACUGCGGUCUCCAAAAUAAAAUACCAAUGCACCAAAUGGUUUCUCCACACACCCUCUCAUUGACAGUACCCUCUGAUGUAUCGUCUGGUCUGGGCAGGUGGGUCUACAUUUCAAGAUCUAUGACUUACUUCAUUAUUCUCACAGUAUUCCACCACGUCCCUGUACAGAUCCAAUGCACAGCUGUACAUAGUAUAAAUACAUGAAGCGUCGUCUUACAUGUAUAACACUUCUAGAUUGUAAUAGGUACAUGUGUUUGGCAAAUUUGACAAGUUGGAUUCAUGAUUUCUGCUUAGUAUUGCUCUUUAAUUCAAUUUGAAAGUUCGGCUGUACAUAUAUAUUGUAGGCUUGAAGUUCUUCCACUAGGCUAUGAGCCUCCUUAAAAGUAUUAUUUGAGAAUGCAGUUAGAGAAUAUCAUCACGUGAGAAAUUCUUGGCCGUCAGACCAGAGCUAUUGAUCAUUGCCAACAGUUCAUGGAUCCAUUGUCAAACUUUUCAUCUUUUACUUGGCGUACCUUACUUUGGUGUUCUCAUCAUGGUUUAAAAAAAGCUUGUACCAGUCAAACAGUGCAUCUGUUUUUUGCCCGUUGUGCACUUUUCUCUCCAGUGAAUGUCAAUCUUAUUAUGCCCUGCUUGUUGCAAAAAUCAGAACAUACAUGGUUUGGGUUAUAAAAAUUGUGUUUCGGUGCAGAGAAAUUGUAUGACAGGCAGAAUUUAGGAUGAAUGAUAAUUUGAUUGGACAAGCCUUGAAUGAUCGUUGUCAUUAUCAUACUCUUUCCUCUGUCUCCAGUUUUGUCAUUCUAGAUAAGGCUGCUUACUCAUCUAGGGCAACCUUGCAGUCCAAAUGGUAACUGAGCAUGUUUUUUGUAAAAUUUAGCCAUUUUAAUUUAUGCAUCAUAAAAAAACUACUAUGUGCAAGGCUGAGAUUACCAUCAAGAUUUCAAGUAAUAAAAUUUAUUAAAUUUUA